AUGGGAGCGACGAGCAGCGGCCCCGGCCCGGCCCCGGCUCCGGUGCGGCCCCCCCAGGGCCGCGCCGUGGGGUCGUGGGUGCGGGCGCUGCUGAGCCGAGCAGGGUCGGUGCCGGUAUCGGUACCGGUGCCGGUACCGGGGCUCGCCUUGGCCUCGCGGGGCCCCGCCGAGGAGCCGCCGCUGCCCGGGUGGCCGCUGCCGCAGCUCGUCUCGUUGUUCCUGCCGGAGUUCCCCGUCCGCCCCUCCGCCCGCCAGCAGCAGCUCAAGAUCCUGGGCUUCGUGGCCAAAGGCUCCUUCGGGACCAUCCUCAAAGUGCUGGACUGUGGGCGGGAGAAGAUCUGUGCCGUGAAGGUUGUGCCCAAAGUGGAGGUGCUGCGCCGUGACACCCUUAAACAGUGCAAAGAAGAAGUCAGCAUCCAGAGACAGGUCAGGCACCCGUUUGUCCACGGGCUGGGGGACAGCUGGCAGGGCCAGCGCCACCUCUUCAUCAUGUGCACCUACUGCAGCACCGGGGACCUGCACGCGCUGUGGCGCACGGCCGGCUGCUUGGCUGAGGCCACCGUCCGCCUGUUCGCCGCCGAGCUGGUGCUGGUGCUGGUGUACCUCCACGACCUUGGCAUCAUGCACAGAGAUGUCAAGAUGGAGAAUAUCCUCCUGGAUGAGAGAGGGCACCUCAAGCUCACUGACUUUGGCCUCUCCCGGUACCUGCAGUGGGGUGAGCGAGCCCACACAAUCUGUGGCACCCUACAGUACAUGGCCCCAGAGGUGCUGAGCGGGGGGCCCUACAGCCAUGCAGCUGACUGGUGGUCCUUGGGAGUCUUGCUCUUUGCCCUGGCCAGUGGGGAGUUCCCUGUGGCUCCAGCGGGGGACCAUGUGGCCAUGCUGGAACGUGUCAAACAGAGCAGCUACAAGAGCCCACCUGAGUUCAGCCCUGAGCUGGCCCGGCUGCUCGCCGAGCUGCUGUGCCACAACCCCCUGUACCGCCUGCGCUACCUCCACCACUUCCAGGGCCACCCCUUCUUCCGCGGGGUGGCCUUCGACGCUGACCUGCUGCAGAAGGACCCGGUGGUGGUCGCAGUGGCCCCGCGACCCCCCGAGCAGCCCCCACCCGACCCCGCCACUUUCGCCGACUUUGACUACGACCUCACCGCCUCCCCGGACCGGCCCUGGCCUGGCUGA